GGAAGAGGGAGGAGAGUUUAGAGCUGAUACACGCAGAGCAAGGCAUGGAGCCAGGAAAUGCAGGAAGAGUCCAGGGAAGGAGCAGUGAGGGGAAAGCCCGGAUUGGCUGAAUUGAGGGUCCUUGGACUGGAACCUGGAAUAGGGGGCAGGCCUGGGUUCCCCUAGCAGUCACUGAGUGCGUGGUGUAGACCUGUGGGGCAGUGAAGGGGAGGACUGCCUGGGUCACUGGGGAGAACAGAGAACAGAAGGACUUUACCCUGGAAGCAUGGAGAAGGCUGCAUGACCAGACUGGAGGGCUGAGUCACAAAGUGGAUGCUGUGGUUCCUGGGACGAGAGAACACCUACGGAGAUGGUGCAGCUGCGUGCAAACUGUGGCAGCAGUGGGGUUGACCUUGGGAAAUAAUCCCCACAGUGACCAGGAGGGGGUGCCAGACUUGUGAAUAUGCCCAAAGAUGGAAAUUCUCCUGGUCCUUCCCAGCCCAACAGAAAACUUCUGUCUCUGCAUUUUCUGUGCAUCGUGUUCUCCCCUGUCCUCCAUAUUGUGCCCUCAGACUCAGUGAAUUUCAAAGUGGUCAGCCCUGCUCAACCCCUGAUGGUGUCUGUGGGUGAAGAUGCCGUGUUGCCCUGCCAUCUCAGCCCCAGGAUGAAUGCUGAGAACAUGGAGGUGAGGUGGUUCCGGUACAGCUUCCCUGAAGUGAUCCAUUUGUAUCAGGAUGGGAAAGACCAGCCUGAGCAGCAGAUCCUGGAAUACCAGGGGAGGACAGAGCUGCUGAGAGACAACAUCACUGAGGGAAGUGUUGUCCUGAGAAUACAUAGCAUUAGACCUGCUGACGAAGGACAAUACAACUGCUUCUUCCAGUCUAGCACCUUCUAUGGAGCAGCCUUGUUGGAGCUGAAGGUGGCAGGUUUGGGCUCUGGGCCCCACAUCUCUAUUGCUGACUAUGAGGCUGGUGGGAUCCGUGUGCUGUGUACAUCGGGUGGGUGGUACCCAGAGCCUGAAAUGCUGUGGAGGGAUUCUAGUGGGCAGCUUGUACCAUCACUGUCCCAAACGAAAUCCCAACAGGAAAAUGGCCUGUUUGAAGCUCAGAUUUCUUUUGUUAUAAAAGAAAGGACACAUCCUGGUUUGAAUUGUUACAUAAGGAAUCCCCGCCUCAACCAAGAAAAAGAAUCAACAAUUUACAUAGCAGACCCGUUUUUCCCAAGGACUUCCCUCUGGAUGGUGGCUCUGGCUGUGGUCCUGAGUGUCCUGGGUUUUCUCAUUUCCCCAGCCAUUUACUAUUGUUGGAUGCAGCACAGAGAGAAAGGGAAACUCUUGGCUGAACUUCAGUGGAGAAGAGCCCAAGUAUAUGCAGUGAAUGUGACUCUGGAUCCAGCCACAGCUCAGUCCAACCUCAUCCUGUCUGAGGAUCGGAAGAGUGUGAGACAUGGAGAUGAACGGCAGGAUCUUCCUGACACCCCUGGGAGAUUUGAACCUUAUGUCAUUGUUCUGGGCGCUGAAGAGUUCAUGGGCGGGAGGCAUUACUGGGAGGUGGAGGUGGGAAAGAAGCCUGAGUGGACUCUGGGGGUUUGUAGGGAAUCUGUGAGUAGGAAGGGGAGUAUUAAUGUCACAUCUGAGAAUGGAUACUUUGUGGUGUGUUUGAGAGAUGGAGAAAAAUACUGGGCCCGCACUUCCCCCCUAACUCCUCUUCCCGUGAGAGUCAGGCCCAGCCGGGUGGGGAUUUUCCUGGACUAUGAGGGGGGCGAGGUCUCCUUUUACAAUGUGACUGACAGGUCCCAUCUCUUCACUUUCGCUGACACCUUCUCUGAGAUGCUCCGCCCUUAUUUCAGUCCUUGUCUCAAUGAAGGGGGUAAAAAUGCAGAUCCCCUGAUAAUCUGCCCAGUCCCAGAGAAAGCCUGAGGGAAUCUCUGUCCCUCACAGUAACACCUGCAGCAGAGACUGUCCCUUCCCACCACUGAUGAGCCCCCAGGCCUGUUCCCAUGGGGAUGGUGUAAAAGGCAUCAGCUGCCUGCCCCCUGUUACCCCCUCCCCUCUCAGCUCUCAGCUGUCAGCACCAGGCCUGUGAGCUGCAGGAAGAGGAGAGAGGCAGAGAAGGGGUGGGGAGAGACAGCUGUGGGGUGAGGUGAGGUCAGGCUGCUUGGAAGUGGGGAUGCAGGGGCAGAGGGAGGUGCAGGUUCCUGGGCAUAUAAAGGUGAAAAUGUGGGUCUCAUGCUGCAGGCAUUUCAAAGACAAUUAUUUGCACAAUGAGCGUGAAUAACAGUGAGAGAAAUGCUCCUACCUGGCCUAGUCUGACAGCAGAGAGCCAUGAGCAGUUAGGGGAGUCCCACGGCUCUGGGGAGGGCACUGGCCUGAUUCAGCUGCAGCACAGAGCCCUGCUGACACAGGAGGAUGUAUCAGUACACAGGCAAGGGGUGGAGGGGGGCUGGUUGGCUUAGGGGAUGAAGUUGCUGCCCCUGACUGGACAGUGUUUCUCUGGGGGAGCACUAGGCAGCUCAGCCCCUGAUUCCCUACAGCCCCUCAACAUGUGCUUGAGGCCCAUCGAAUUGAAUUCACCCCCCAUUAAACACGGGGUAUGUCUACACUACGAAAUUAGGUCAAUUUUACAGAAGUUGAUUUUUAGAAACCGAUUAUAUACAGUUGA